UCCACUGAGUCUGGGAGAGUAACAGGGGGACAGGGCAUGGAGAGGAGCCAGCAGGAUGGGAAUGGGGAGCUCCAGUUGAUCUGGGCACUUUCUCCUUCAUGUUACUGACCUGGGAGGAUCCACUUCAGGACAUGGAUCCCAAAGGAGCCAGAGGUACCAGGAAGCACCGCUGAUCUGCACAGAGCCCCUGUGCCUGCUGCUGCCCCACAGUGAACAGAGGGACAGAGCCAGCAGGAUGGGAAUGAGGAGCUCCUGGUGAUCUGGACACUUUCUCUUUCAUGUUACUGACCUGGGAGGAUCCACUUUAGGACAUGGAUCCCAAAGGAGCAAGAGGUACCAGGAAGCACCGCUGAUCUGCACAGACCCCCUGUGCCUGCUGCUGCCCCACAGUGAACAGGGAGCUGCUGAGGAGCUGCAUGGUCCAUCCCUGGAUUCUCCAAGCACUGACUCCCUUCCACUCUGACCACAGCCAGGGACCACAUCCCACUGCCUGCCCAGAGCCCAUCCAUGGAGGUGACCACUGUGUCCCCAUCUCCUGCCUCACCCACUGAAGGGGAUGAUCUCUGUGAGACAGAUUUCACUGAUGUGGCCAUACACAGUGUGGCACUGCUCAUCUGCCUCUGUGGGCUGGCUGGGAACGGGGCUGUCCUUUGGCUUCUCCGCUCCUACGUUUUGUGCAGGAACAGCACCACCUAUUUAAUGUUCUUUCUGACUUUUUUCGACUUCCUCUUCGUCCUCUUUCUGGUCCCCUCCCCUCUGCUUUUCCUGCUGGAGGACAUGUCCUGCACUGUCAUCAUGCCCUUGCAGCAUGUGCGGUUACUUCUUUACCUGCCUCAGAUUUCCAGCACCCUGUGGCUGUACACACUGACAUUGAUCAGCAUCAAGAGGUGCCAGUCCAUCCACUGCCCACUCUGGCACUGUUGCCACCAUCCCCAGCACCUGUCAAAGGUGGUGUGUGCCCUGCUCUUGGUACUCCCCAUCACUUUCACCACUGUGCUUGCCACAAGGAUUUCCCUGUGUAUGUCCCAGUUUCCUGAGCAGUGCCGGGUUUCUCUCAUCUCCAUGUACACCUUCAACCUCCUCCUCUGUGUUCCCUUCAUGCUCACUUUCAGCACAAUCCUCUACAUUAAGUUCAAGUCUGGCUCUAUCCAGCAGCAACCCAAGAGUUUUGACAUUGUUAUCUGCCUCAUUGUGCUCUUCACACUCCCCCUCAGCCUCUGGAAUUUACUGCAGGAGAUCGGGUAUAGCAUUUUCUCCUCGCAGGUGUUUUUCCUGCUCACCUGCAUCCACAGCAGCAUCAAACCCUUCAUCUACUUCUUGGCAGGGAGAUGUUGGAAGAACUGCUCUGUGGGGUCCCUCCAGCUCUCCCUCCAGAGGAUCUUUGAGGAGAAGAAAAAAAAAACUGGCCGCAGAAAUGAUGCCUCUAGGGACACAGGGAUCUGAGCCUGUUGAUCCCUUCCACUGCUCUGCUGUAGGAUCUCGGCACAGGUUUCCUGGAACCACCUGAUGAAUAAAUAUCCACAGUGUCACCCUCCCUCUGCUGGUGCAUCCCCUCCCCCUUUCCAGGCUGCACUGGGAUCUCAGAAAUGCUCCUUAGGCAUCAGCCUUGAGGAGCAGCCCCUGGGCUCAGAUCCUCUGCAGCUCAUCAGAAACACCCUCUGCUCCCAGGAACUGCUGCUCUCCAACAACCUCCUGGGUUUUAGGGACACCCUUGGAAAUCAGUUCACUUCCCUGGAUGGCACAACAUCCCUGUUCCCACACUUUCACAGAAAGCUGCCAGCCCAAAGUGUGGCCAGGAUGAAACAUGGCUGUGACUGAAGCCCAUCUCUUGGGGCCCUGCAAACAGCAUUCCAAAAGGAGACCCUUGGAGCACUCCUGGCCCCAACAGUGCUGACCAGAACCUCCCUGAGAGUGGGGCCUCUCCCAGCCGGGAUCUCUCCCGUUUGCUGCCCUCGGGUGAUCCCUGAACACCGACGGGUCCUGGGCCGAUCCCCCAGUGCUCGAGGCUCAGCCCUUGGCACAGUGAGGAGAUGCAAACGGAUCCAGAGUGAGCAUUUCCCUGCCUCCGAGGGGAAUUUCUCACAGGGACCUUGCACUGACUCUGUCUGUGUGCACACACGUGUGCAUCUGCCAUGGCAAAUGUGGGAGCAAUGCUGCUCUCCCAGGGGUUUCAGUACCUGAGACAUCUCAGCGAGUCAGGCCUGUAAGUGAGGGUAAGUCAGGAGAGACAUUUUCAGCUAAAUCCUUUUAAGUGUCAUUUCUUUGAUCAAUUGUUGAUUUUAAGUUGCAAAAGCAUGAAUGGCUGGGAGAAGCAGAGUCACUGCUCAUGGUCCUUGGUGGAGUGGAGCAGGAUCCUGAAUGACUUAGGGGAAAAGGCAGCCCCAGAGUGGGUCAGGAGAUUGUCAGUGGUGUCUGGAGGGUUCUGGAAGGAUCUGGAUGUGGUUGGGAAGGCUCUGGAGGCUGCUGGUCCCAAAUGUCCUAACUGGAGGGUAGCAGAGCCCAACAGGCUGCGCUUCAAGGCAGAGAGUGGUGA